UAAGAGAGUCAGGGUGGGCUGAUGAUUAAACCACAUCAAUAAUCAAACCACUAAAAUCAGAUGUUAUCGAUCUUCGGUUAAUCACUCGUCUAACCCACUAGCAGCACUUAGGGAAAAUAUUAUUGCCGACGAUCUAUUAUGUCAUUUGACUGUUGAGUUCUCCCGCUAAAAACAGUUGUUCCUGCCACAACAGUCAACAAGGAUAUGCUCCAAAGCCAUGCUCCUCCUUGCCAGAAGAAACCUAAUUCCCCUGAAAUCCAUCAUCUCCAACCCUCUUUCGAUCCUCGCCACCCGCUUCCAUUCCACCCAACCGAAUUCGCUCCAAAAUUUCCCUCAUGAUGAAGAAACCCAAGACCACCAAGUUGAAGAACUUGAACCCAUUAGCGUAUCAAACACCUCGUACUGGACAAGAAAGAUUCACGACCUCUGCAACAAGCACAGGAGGGUCGACGAAGCCCUCCGUAUCCUCGAAAGCCUUCGUCUCCGAGGCUUCCAGCCGGAUUCUCUCAACCUUAGUAGCAUAGUCCAUGGGCUUUGUCUGGUCAAUCGGUUCAAGGAAGCGCACCACCGGUUUGCUCUGUUCUUGGACUCUGGUUGUAUCCCUGAUGAGCGCACUUGUAAUGUCAUUAUCGCUAGGUUGCUCGAUUCGAGAUGCCCAGCUGAUAGUUUGAACAUUCUGUGGCUUUUGGUUGAUGCUAAGCCGGAGUUUGUUCCUUCCUUGGUUAAUUACAACCGGCUGAUUUAUCAAUUUUCCGAGGUUUCGCAGCCGGGAGUUGGGCAUCGGUUGUUUUUCGAUAUGGUGAGUAGAGGGCAUCGCCCAAAUGUGGUUUCUUUCACGACUUUGAUUGAUGGGUAUUGUAAGAUUGGGGAAGUUGGUCUUGCGUAUAAAGUGUUCGAUGAAAUGACUGAAUAUGGCCGGGUGGUGCCUAAUUCGCUCACUUACAGUGUGUUGAUUCGGGGAGUCUUAAGGAGACGAGAGGUUGAAAAGGGGAAAGAACUAAUGAGGUUGCUCUGGACGAGGAUGAAGGAGGAAGAGGAUCAAUCUGUGAAUGCAGCUGCUUUUGCGAAUUUGAUUGAUUCUUUCGGUAGAGAAGGGUUUUACAACGAGGUUUUUGACAUUGCUGAAGGAAUGCCCCAAGGCAAGAGUGUAGAUGAAGUUUUUGCUUAUGGGCAUAUGAUUGAUUCGCUUUGCAGAGUAGGAAGAAGCCAUGGUGCUUCAAGGGUUGUUUAUAUAAUGCGAAAGAGAGGAUUUGUUCCCAGCCAAGUAUCGUAUAACUCUAUUGUCCACGGACUAUGCAAGGAGAGGGGUUGCAUGAGGGCAUUUCAGCUGUUGAAAGAAGGGGUCGAGUUUGGUUACAUGCCAUCUGAGUAUACUUACAAGGUACUGUUGGAAGGUCUCUGUGAAGAAAUUGACAUAUGCAAAGCGAAAGAAGUUCUAGACAUUAUGCUGAAUAAGCCAGGGGUGGACAAAACUAGAAUAUAUAAUAUAUACUUGAGAGCACUUUGCCAGUUGAAUAAUCCCACUGAACUCCUGAAUGUGGUUGUUACCAUGCUACAGAUUAAUUGUCAACCUGAUGUCUUCACUCUUAACACGGUCGUCAAUGGACUUUGCAAGGCCCAAAGGCUUGAUGAAGCCUUAAAGGUGCUGAACGAUAUGAUAUCAGGAAGGUUUUGUGCUCCUGAUGUUGUAACCUUCACCACCAUCAUAAGUGGGCUAUUGGCUGCUGGAAGAAACCAUGAAGCUCUUCAACUGUUGAAUGAAGUAAUGCACAGAAUUGGUGUUAGACCUAAUGUUGUGACAUAUAAUGCAGUUAUUCGUGGUCUAUUCCGACUCAGGUUGUCAAAUGAUGCUAUGGCUAUGUUCGAGCAAAUGAAAAUUGAUCAUGUGGAUGCAGACAGUACAACUUAUAGUAUAGUGAUUGGUGGGUUGUGCGAGUCGGACCAAAUAGAGAUGGCCAAGAGUUUCUGGACUGAUGUUGUGUGGCCUUCUAAGAUUCAUGAUAAUUUUGUUUAUGCAGCCAUUCUCAAGGGACUUUGUAGGUGUGGCAAAUUGAACGAGGCAUGUGAUUUCCUAUAUGAAUUGGUUGAUUUCGGGGUCACUCUGAACACUGUGAGCUACAAUAUUGUGAUUGAUGCUGCAUGCAAGUUAGGGAUGACAAGAGAAGCUUAUCAGAUGAUGAGAGAGAUGCGGAAAAAUGGGCUGGAACCUGAUGCCAUAACUUGGCGGAUUCUUGACAAAUUGCAUGUCAGUCUAGAGAAUGAUUGUGAUUUACAAUUAUCAACUCUUAAAUCCUGAGAUAUAUCAAGAGGUUCUGAAGUCAUGUGGUUGCUUCAAAUGGUCUCGACUCUCAGUUCUUUACAUUAAGGACAACUCUUCCAGUCGUCCAAGCUUUUAGAAAUUGCUUAGAUGCUCUUUCCAAACAGUAGCAAGGGAUUUCUGCUAUACAUUUGCCAGUUCACAAGAACAUCUGGAUGGCCAGAUCCAGCCAGUGACAUAUUAGUCAAUAUAUUGUGAUACUGGGUGCUGAGUUCCGGAUUGUAUGACAACCUUCUCAUCAGCAUGCUGCAGCAGAAAGGUACGCCAUUAGGGACAGCAAUCAGUAGAGAUUUUCCUGUAAUAUGUAGAUUUGGAUGGCCUUCACGUAGUUGUUGGUCUACACAACGUGAAUAUCUUGAAUCAGGAUUCAAAUCUAGAUUUAGAUAGUGACAUAGUGUAAGGCACGCUUUCACUCAAAGGAA